GGCUCUCAAUAUAAUGAAGAGAAAUACAAUCGAGUGGUGAAGGCGUGCGCUUUGGACACAGAUUUCAAACUCUUGCCGUUUGGGGACAAAACAUUUGUGGGGGAGAGAGGGCUGGCAUUGAGUGGCGGACAGAAGGCUCGGCUGAGUCUGGCCCGGGCUCUGUACCACUCGGCAGACAUCUAUCUCUUGGACGACCCCUUGAGUGCUGUCGACACACAUGUGGCCAAACAUCUCUUCCAGAAAUGUUGUAAUGAGUACUUGAAAGACAAGGCAAGGGUUUUAGUGACCCAUAGCAUCCAGUUUCUCAAAGACGCGCAUCAAAUACUUGUGCUCAACGACGGCGAGUGUGUGGCCAUCGGGUCCUACACUCAGCUCAAAGAGCGCGGCAUUGAUCUCAUGGCAUAUCAGAGACAAACCGAUGGACCAAAUGAUAGCAGAGAUAUGGAAAGGAGAACAUCUCUCACACCAUCGAUGGUCUCAUCCCUUAGUGAGGGAUCGGAAGUGACGGACAUUUGGGAACCGAUAGAAUGGGUGGAUCAGAAAGUGAAACCCGAACUCAAAAUGAUUGGAUCCGUUGAGACUAAUGUAUAUAUGGAGUACAUUAAAGCCGGUGCCGGACCUCUGCUCGUUAUUCUUACCACUUUAUUUUUAUUUACUUCGCAAGUUCUCAAUCAGGGAAGUGUUUAUUGGUUGAGCUUAUGGACUAAUCAAAUAUACAACAACUCCAACGAUGAUCAGACAUUCAAUAUAAUAAUCUACACGAGUCUAACCUGUGGUCUGUUUGUGUCGGCCCUGUUGUCCACCAUUUGUUUCUACAUAAUGUCCCGGAGUCCGGUGUACUCUCACGUGAACACAACGCUGUGUGGGCUGACAUCGAUCCGUGCGUUUGGCGCACAGCAUAUGUUUGAGCCCCGGAGUCCGGUGUACUCUCACGUGAACACAACGCUGUGUGGGCUGACAUCGAUCCGUGCGUUUGGCGCACAGCAUAUGUUUGAGCGUCAGUUUGAAGUCCACCAAAACGACAACACCUCUACGACCUUCUUAUUCAUUUGCAGCACUCGAGCACUCGGGGUCUUAGUGGACACCAGUUGCAUAAUUUAUAUCAGUGUUGUUAUUGUCUAUAUUAUGCUAAACACCGAUACCAUAUCUACAACCAGUUUAAUCCAACUGGCUAUUAAAUUAUCGGCCGAUACUGAGUCUUAUAUGACUGCUGUCGAGCGAGUCUUAGAAUACACAGCCAUUAAACCCGAGGCAGAGCUCGAGUCCACUCCCGAUCGGAAACCACCCAAAGAUUGGCCACAAAUGGGAGAAAUAGUGUUCAAAGAUAUGAGUCUUCAAUACAACGAAUCGCCG